AGUCAUCACAAAGGAUCUGCUAUUCGCUAGCAUCUUCUAAUCAAGCACGGUGCGUUUAAUAUGUGCAGUCCGAGAUACUUUUUAUUAUAAUUGAAUGUGUUUGACAUUUAUUUUUGUGUAGUUAUAAGUGUUAUUUCAGUUGUGAAUUUUAAUUCGGUCGAACUAUAUCUCUGGCUGCAUAUAAUAUUGAAUAAUAUUCAAUUCGAGUAAUAUUUAAUAUCAAAUUAUACACAUUUUUUCUGGUCCAUAAUAAUAUUAUACAUUUUUCGUGAUUCCGUCAAUAUGGCGUAGUGUUGAAUGCUGCAGUUGCCGUCUUCAGUCGUCAACACAGAUUGGAUAUUUAACAUAUUAGAGUUCUAAAUAUCAAUAAUAAAAUAAUUUAUUUUACUGCCUAAGUGGUUUUUAUAUGUGCCAGUGUAAAUUGUAAUUGUAUUAAAAUUAGUGGUAUUUAAAUUUACCAUUUACAAAUUUGAAUUGGACUAGAUUUUGAGGAAACAAAUAUUCAUCACCUAAUGAAAACCCUACCGAUUUUUAUGUCAUGGUUUCUAUCGUUUCUGGAAUAAUCCUUGAACGGAUCUUGUUUUUAGUGUGUUUAUAGCUGAACAUAAAGAUUUGAUCAUACAAUAUGACUGCAUCAAUAAGAUCCAUUCCAUCAGAUAAGAUAAAUCUCAGAUUAAUUCUAGUCAGUGGGAAGACAAAAGAAUUCAUAUUCAGCCCUAACGAUUCAGCCGGAGAUAUAGCUCAAGCAAUUUUUGAUAACUGGCCUGAAGAUUGGGCAGAUGAAGCUGUUGAAAAAGCUGAGAUCCUGCGACUGAUAUACCAAGGCCGUUUUUUACAUAGUAAUGUAACAUUAGGUGCUUUGGGUUUGGCUCCAGCUCGAACAACUGUUAUGCAUCUUGUACCUAGAGAAACAUUACCAGAACCUAAUUCUCAAGAUCAAAGGCAGAAAAGUAAAGCAGCAAGUAGCAGUUGUUGUUCGGCAGCAUGUACUAUACUAUGAACUGUGUUCUCUUCUCUAAAUUAUAAAUGUAUUGAAAUAAUUUAAAUAUGAUUCAGUUUUACCUAAUAAAAAUUCGACUCAAAAACUAAUCUGUAGCAAGUGGAAUCGAAUUAUUCCCUUUAUUUUAACCCAUUUAUGUUUCGUGAUCAUUAAUGGGUUGUAUUAGGUAUAAAUAAAUAUAUUUUUUUGACUAUUGAUAUUAUCAUUGUAUAUUUUCAGAAAUCCCCUCCAUUUUUUUAAUUACUUUUUUUAAUACUAAUAUGUCUAAGGACAAAAGUGUAAUUUUAAAUAUUUAGGUAUUAUAAGACAUCACAGUUUAAUUUGGCGUUAACUUCUCAUUGUUUUGUACUAAAAAGAUAGUAUUUAUUUUAUCAAAAGAAUAAGCAAAAACUGUGUUCAUUUACAAAUACAAAAAUAUUUAUUAAGAAAAUCGCAAUAUGCAUAUAAAAUUUAUCUCAUAUCUGUUAAUACUACUAAUAUUUUGGUAUAAUUAUUCAAACUUUAUAUUUUUAAAUUUUGGUGGUGUAUAUUUACUACUGAAUUUUGAUUUUCUUUUUUUUUACUACUAAUAUUAUUUUUUAAUGUAGAUACAUUUGGUCUUCCUUAAAUUUAAAAAUGUCAUAAUAUGUGAAUGUGUAAAUGACAAAAAAAAAAAUUGAUUAUCAUAUACCUAGAAUAUAUUCAUACUUUUAAUAAUAAAAAUGAAUUAAAAGCACGG